UUCACAAUCGGAGGAUUUCUCUGUGUCUUGUGUCUUGUGUGUGUGAGAGAGAGAGAGAGAGCCGGCCAUAUCCACCGCAACCAAACGCUUUCUAACCCAGAAGCUUCUCUUUACCUGCCACCGCGUAUAUACAUGUAUAAAACCCCAUUGUUAUUAACCAAGUUGUUUUUCUUUUUCUUUUUCUUUUUUAAAAACAAAACAGAGUAUUAUUAUGUUUAGGGUAUAUAAAAAUAUAAUAAAAAAAUAGAGAUAGCCUUCAAUCAUGGGUUAUUAGUCCUGCUCACGACUGACUAAGUCCCAAAACUCAUAUUCAAAUAGUUUUGUCAUCUCUUUGUUUCAUUCGUUCUCUUCUCUUGUUGUAUCUGAAUGUUGCUGCUUGCUGGGUCCUCUUGCUCUUUACUUGUUAACGCAAGGGACAGUUGGAGAGCCGACUCUCACCACCUUUGAAUUGAACAAUUCCCCCAUUCCAUGUUCAGACAAACCCCUUUCACUUUCUCUGCUGGGGCUUUUUGAUAAGCCUCAGCCUCAGAGACCCCAGAGAUCUGAAACAUACAUACUUGAACACCAUUUAUAAGACACAGGAACUAAGGAUAAGUAACUGGUAGUGGUUCAAGUAUGGCUUCCAGAUCGUUUAAGGCGAGCAGAUCGAAUCUAUCAUCAAACUCUGAUAUGCCUGAUGCACAUAACAAGCCUCCAGUGCCUCCGACUGUGACAUUUGGCCGGAGAACUUCCUCUGGUCGCUACAUCAGCUACUCAAGGGAUGAUCUUGAUAGUGAACUCGGGAGUGGUGACUUUAUGAACUAUACAGUUCACAUACCACCAACCCCAGAUAACCAACCCAUGGAUCCAUCCAUCUCACAGAAGGUUGAAGAGCAAUAUGUGUCGAAUUCGCUUUUUACAGGCGGGUUUAAUAGUGUUACGCGAGCUCAUCUUAUGGAUAAGGUGAUCGAAUCUGAAGCAAACCAUCCUCAGAUGGCUGGUGCUAAAGGGUCAUCAUGUGCAAUUCCUGGAUGUGAUGCAAAGGUGAUGAGUGAUGAACGUGGAGUGGAUAUUCUUCCUUGUGAGUGUGAUUUCAAAAUAUGUCGGGAUUGCUAUACAGAUGCUGUGAAAACAGGGGGUAGUAUUUGCCCUGGAUGCAAGGAAACAUACAAAAACACAGAUUUGGAUGAAAUGGCUGUGGAUAAUGCACGGCCACCGCUCCCACUUCCUCUUCCAAACGGGAUGUCUAAAAAUGAGAGGAGGUUGUCAUUGAUGAAGUCAACAAAGUCAGUGCUGAUGAGGAGUCAAACUGGGGAUUUUGAUCACAACCGGUGGCUCUUUGAAACAAAGGGAACUUAUGGGUAUGGAAAUGCCAUAUGGCCCAAGGAGGGAGGUUUUGGAAAUGGGAAAGAUGAUGAAAUCGUUGAACCAACAGAGUUGAUGAACAAACCAUGGAGGCCACUCACACGGAAAUUAAAGAUACCUGCAGCUAUUCUAAGCCCGUAUAGGCUUCUAAUAUUUAUUCGUAUGGUUGUCCUUGCACUGUUCUUGGCAUGGAGGGUCAACCACCCAAAUAAUGAUGCAAUCUGGCUUUGGGGAAUGUCAGUAGUUUGUGAGAUCUGGUUUGCUUUUUCUUGGCUGCUUGACCAACUGCCCAAGUUAUGCCCAGUCAAUCGUUCUACGGAUCUUAAUGUCUUGAAGGAGAAGUUUGAAACACCUAGCCCCAACAACCCCACCGGGAAAUCUGAUCUUCCAGGCAUAGAUAUCUUUGUCUCCACUGCAGAUCCAGAUAAAGAACCACCUCUUGUCACUGCAAACACUAUCUUAUCUAUUCUGGCUACUGAUUAUCCUGUUGAAAAGCUAGCUUGCUAUGUUUCUGAUGAUGGAGGUGCACUUUUAACUUUUGAGGCCAUGGCAGAAGCUGCUAGUUUUGCUAAUAUAUGGGUACCCUUCUGCCGUAAACAUAGGAUUGAGCCCAGGAAUCCUGAAUCUUAUUUCAAUUUGAAGAGGGAUCCAUACAAGAACAAAGUGCUGCCUGACUUUGUCAAGGAUCGUCGAAGGGUAAAACGUGAAUAUGAUGAGUUCAAGGUUCGGAUUAAUGGACUGCCUGACUCUAUACGCCGACGGUCAGAUGCUUAUCAUGCUCGGGAAGAAAUCAAGGCCAUGAAGCUUCAAAGAGAGAACAGAGAGGAUGAACCUGUGGAGAGUGUGAAGGUUCCCAAAGCAACAUGGAUGGCUGAUGGAACCCACUGGCCAGGGACUUGGUUGAGUGCUUCACCUGAGCAUUCUAAGAGUGACCAUGCUGGUAUUAUACAGGUGAUGUUAAAACCUCCCAGUGAUGAACCGCUGCAUGGAGCUGAUGAUGAUGCUAGGCUCAUUGACCUCACUGACGUUGAUAUCCGCCUUCCCAUGCUUGUUUAUGUGUCGCGUGAGAAACGCCCAGGCUAUGAUCACAACAAGAAGGCCGGAGCCAUGAAUGCCCUCGUUCGGGCCUCUGCCAUAAUGUCCAAUGGCCCGUUCAUUCUCAACCUUGACUGUGACCAUUAUAUUUACAACUCUCAGGCAAUGAGGGAAGGCAUGUGCUUCAUGAUGGAUCGUGGAGGUGACCGCCUUUGUUAUGUCCAGUUUCCUCAGAGAUUUGAGGGUAUUGACCCUUCAGAUCGAUAUGCCAAUCACAACACUGUUUUCUUUGAUGUCAAUAUGCGAGCUCUUGAUGGGCUUCAGGGCCCAGUUUAUGUUGGAACUGGAUGUCUCUUUCGUAGAAUUUCCCUUUAUGGUUUCGACCCACCGCGGUCAAAAGAACAUCACCCAGGUUGUUGCAGUUGCUGCUUUUCUCGUCGCAGAAAGCAUUCCUCGGUAGCCAACACCCCUGAAGAAAACCGAGCCUUAAGAAUGGGUGAUUCUGAUGAUGAAGAGAUGAAUCUCUCCCUGCUGCCUAAGAGGUUUGGGAACUCAAGUUUCCUCAUUGAUUCGAUUCCAGUGGCAGAGUUCCAAGGUCGUCCCCUUGCAGAUCACCCAGCUGUGAAGAAUGGACGCCCACCUGGUGCUCUGACCAUUCCUCGUGAGCUUCUUGAUGCAUCUACUGUUGCAGAGGCGAUCAGUGUCAUUUCCUGCUGGUAUGAAGACAAGACUGAGUGGGGACAGCGUGUAGGGUGGAUUUACGGAUCAGUUACUGAAGAUGUGGUCACUGGGUAUAGGAUGCAUAACAGAGGAUGGAAAUCAGUUUACUGUGUGACCAAGCGAGAUGCAUUCCGUGGAACCGCUCCUAUCAAUCUUACUGAUAGGUUGCAUCAGGUUCUGCGCUGGGCUACUGGCUCAGUUGAGAUAUUCUUCUCUCGCAACAAUGCCCUCCUAGCCAGCCCAAGAAUGAAGCUUCUGCAAAGGAUAGCAUACCUCAAUGUGGGUAUUUACCCCUUUACCUCCAUCUUCCUCAUCGUCUACUGCUUCCUUCCGGCCCUUUCCCUCUUCUCUGGUCAAUUCAUUGUCCAGAGCCUCAAUGUUACAUUCCUGACCUAUCUUUUGACCAUCACCCUCACUCUAUGCAUGCUUGCUGUGCUUGAGAUUAAAUGGUCUGGCAUUGAGCUAGAAGAGUGGUGGAGAAACGAGCAGUUUUGGUUGAUCGGAGGGACUAGUGCCCACCUUGCUGCUGUGCUUCAGGGGCUAUUGAAAGUUAUUGCAGGGAUUGAAAUCUCUUUUACCUUAACUUCAAAAUCAGGUGGUGAUGAUGAGGAUGAUGAGUUUGCUGACCUCUAUAUUGUGAAAUGGUCAUCUCUGAUGAUCCCGCCAAUAACAAUCAUGAUGGUCAACUUAAUUGCAAUAGCAGUUGGGUUUAGCCGAACAAUAUACAGUGUGAUACCGCAGUGGAGCCGGUUACUUGGCGGGGUUUUCUUCAGUUUCUGGGUUUUAGCUCAUCUCUAUCCUUUUGCCAAAGGGUUGAUGGGGAGACGAGGGAGGACACCCACCAUUGUUUUUGUAUGGUCGGGGCUCAUUGCAAUUACCAUCUCUCUUCUUUGGGUGGCAAUCAAUCCACCUUCUGGUACCAACCAAAUUGGUGGAUCAUUCCAGUUCCCCUAAUAAAUAGGUCAUUCUUUGCUAUUAAUCUGUUCAGUUACAUUCCUUUAUUUGUUUCAUACCUGAACAAGUUAAAUCGUGCUUUGUGGUGGCACUAGCAUGUGGUGCUUCUUGUUCCUAUUUGAAUUUUGUCCAGCAGUAAUUAAGUAACUUGGAGCAAUUUGAGUAUGACUCUCUAUUAUGAUGCCAUGGGAUGGGACCAACAAAGGCAUAGCCGCAGCCGCAUAGGGAUGUUGUAGGUUUCCCAGCAUUUUUUUGAUGCUUUAAUGGAGAAUUAAUUUGAAUGUUUCGCUUUGACUUGGAUGAUUAGGAUUUUUUUUUUUUUUUUUUAAAUUUAUAUUGUUUAUGGUACUCAGAUUAUUGAUUAUGAAUUUUUUUUUUUCUUUU